AGGAGGGCUCGCGGCUUUCUCGGGACUCGUGGCGCGGGUGAUCCCGGCUCUGCGAGGGAGGCCUCCCAGGGACUGAGAAACUCUCGGUUGCAUCUCCCGGUGGCAGUCAGAGCCAGCACGUGUGCGGGUCUGGGCUGGGAGGUGUGCCGGCCGGGCGGGGCUGCGCGCAGGCACGAGGGAGACACCGAGGCCGAGUGGGUCUGGAGGCGGUCUGCACGGCCCAGGCCGCGAUGCUUCAGGGGGAGUCGCUGCCCUGCCCGCACCUCCACCCCUCCCCAGGGAGGGUCGCGGGGAGGGAGAGCCCAGUCAGACCUACCUUGUCAAGCACUCUGCUCUCCCUUGACAGGAAAACUGAGAAGGAAAGAAUGGCCUUAGAUUUGCUGCCUGCUCAGAUGACAGAGUCAGUGACGUUUAGGGAUGUUGCUGUGGUCUUCAGCCGGGACGAGUGGUUGCACCUGGAUGCUGCCCAGAGAAGCCUGUACCGGGAGGUGAUGCUGGAGAACUACAGCACCCUGGUCUCGCUGGGGAUUCCAUUUUCAAUGCCAAAGUUGAUCUGCCAGUUGCAACAAGGAGAAGAUCCCUGCAUGGUGGAAAGAGAAAUCCCUCAAGAUGCCUGCCUUGGUUUUAAGACAUGGCCUGAAAUAGAAGCAUUGCCUUGCAAACAGGACAUUUCUACAGGAGAAACAUCUCAAGGAAUAAUAAUGAAAAACUCCAUUAAGUUGGACAUCAAGUGUGGAGAAGCUUUGGAAUUUGAGGGCAGGACACAACAAGAGCAACAGAAAAAAACUCUCAGGCAAGUGGUAGCCUCACAGAAGAAAACCAUCAGUGGAGCUGGAAACCAGACAAGUCUUGAAUUAGGGAAAGGCUUAUUUAUAAAUACAGUUCUUAUUAGACGACAAAAUGUUCCUAUGGAAAGAGUACCCAGUGUAUAUUAUACUUUUGGGAGAGAUUUUAAACAGAAUAUUGAUCUAAUGAGAUGUUUCCAGAUUUACCCAGGAGAAAAACCUCAUAUUUACAAUGAAUGUGAAAAAAGCUUCAAUCAGAGUCUUCAUCUUUUUGAAGGCCAGAGAAUUCAUACUGGUGAGAAACCUUACAAAUGUAAUGAGUGUGGGAAGACCUUCAGCCACAGAUCAUCACUUCUUGCCCAUCAGAGAAUUCAUACUGGAGAGAAACCUUACAGAUGUAAUCAAUGUGAGAAAGCAUUUAGUAGCAGUUCAACCCUUAUCAAACAUUUGAGAGUGCAUACUGGAGAGAAACCCUAUCAGUGUAAGGACUGUGGUAAAGCUUUUAGCCAGUGUUCCACCCUCACUGUACAUCAGAGGAUUCAUACUGGAGAAAAACUCUAUAAAUGUGGAGAAUGUGAGAAGGCCUUCAAUUGUAGAGCAAAGCUUCAUAGACACCAACAAAUCCAUACAGGUGAGAAACCCUAUAAAUGUCAUGAAUGUGGGAAAAGUUACAGCCAGUUUACAUCUCUGGUUGAACAUCAGAGGCUUCAUACUGGAGAACAACUGUGUAAAUGCUUGGAAUGUGGGAGAAAUUUCACUCGCAUCUCAACCUUUAUUGAACAUCAGCGGAUUCAUACUGGACAAAAACCAUAUCAAUGUAAUGAAUGUGGGAAAGCCUUCAACCAGUAUUCAUCCUUUAAUGACCAUCGGAAAAUUCAUACUGGAGAAAAACUUUACACAUGUGGAGAAUGUGGGAAAGCCUUUGGUUGCAAAUCUAACCUUUAUAGGCAUCAGAGAAUCCAUACUGGAGAGAAACCAUAUCAGUGUAAUCAGUGUGGAAAAGCUUUCAGCCAGUAUUCAUUCUUAACUGAACAUGAGAGAAUCCAUACUGGAGAGAAACUCUAUAAAUGUAUGGAAUGUGGGAAAGCCUACAGUUACAGAUCAAACCUUUGUAGACACAAAAAAGUUCACAAUAAAGAAAAACUCUAUAAAUGGAAAGAAUAUGGGAUCAGAGAUUUCUUAGAGGAGAUAAGUCCUAUGACGUUUAAUUCAUCUCUGAAAUAAUUUAAGGGUUCUCAUUGGAGAAUAAUCAGGAGAAUAAUAAAUAGGGCACAGGCUUCUGGUAGAUCAAGCCUUUUUUUUACUUCUCUUAGAGAAAAUAUGCUAGUUAUCACUAAGUAAUGGUAGAAGUGACCAACGGAUAUUAAGAGCACUGCCUUGUCAAAUUUUAUAAGAACCAGUAAAUUUAAGAUUUCUAAAAACAUAAAAAUUUUAAAUUCACAGAAAAUUGUAAAAGACCUAACUUUGAAAACAAUGGAAUAUAAGUUUUAUUUCUUUCAUUAGACUUUGUUGCCUUUCUAACAGUAAGUUUCAAUAUGAAUUUUCUUUUAAAGGCAGUCACUGAGUUAUUAAUAAUGUGAAUAAGUGUGGGGCCUUAUUUUCUAAAAUGGCAGAUAAAUAUAGGACAUGCUGUCUUUCAUAAAGAGAAGCUAAAGAUAAAAAGAAAUUCUUUAAAUUUAGAUUUUCACAUGGAAAUAAUUAAGCUCACUUUUUGUGAACUGCCUCACCAGCAAUUUAUAUUUAUAAAUAUACAUGUAUGUAUAUGUGUGUUAGUUGCUCAGUCAUGUCUGACUCUUUGCGACCCUGUAGACUGUAGCUUGCCAGGCUCCUCUGUCCAUGGAAUUCUCCAGGCAAGGCUACUGGAGUGGGUAGCCAUUCCCUUCUCCAGAGGAUCUUCCUGAUCCAGGGAUCAAACCUGGGUCUCUUGCUUAGCAAGCAGAUUCUUUACCGUAGCCUGAGCCACCAGUGAUAGACAUAAAUGUAUGUAUGUAUUCAUGUGUAUAUAUACAUAGAGAGAGAAUUUUGGACUGUAUUUUUUCAAAAUUCUUUGAUGAUUAAAAAAUUUGGUUUUAUUAAUUUAGAAUUUAGUUUUGAAAAUUAAAAUUUUGCCCAAUGGUGUCUCUUCCUUUUCUUUUCUUACAUCAUUUCUUAAUAUGAUAUGCUUCUACAUUGCUGAACAGAGUCUUAGAGAAGUUGGUGUCAACUGAAGCAAGUGAAGAGACUAUCAUGCAAAUACUGUCUUGUAUAUUGCAAAAGGAAUAUAUUUCCAGACUCUGAUUAUAUAUUUGGUAGCUCAUUAACACCAAGAGAGAUUUUAAUUUAGUUAGUUAUAGUCUUUCAUUUUAACUAAUGAAGAAAUUGAGCUUUUUGAGUACAAUUAAGACUAGAAUCUAGAUCUUCAGCUCUGGUUGUAAUAAUUAUAGGUUAAUUUACAACCUCAGGCCCCAAGAGUCCAAGUACCAAAGCUAUUUGUUUUGUAAACUGGUUAGGCACAUUGCAUUAGUUUAAUCUGUUUUAUUUUUAUGUUUGAUAACUCCCUCAAUUUUAAUCUUAAUAAUUGACUUAGUCAUCUUUUCCUUUUUUCUUAUGAGUCCCUAAUUAUAACUGCUUUUAUAGUAACUGUACUUAAAUCCUAAAACCUAGCUAUGGUCCAGAUAGUGAAAUUACAUUUGGGUGUUUCACAUAUAAAAUUGCCUUUUUGUUUAUUUUUGUUACACAUCUUUUAGGACUUCUUUUAUGUAAAGUGAUAUAUGAGUAUUUUAUUAUUAAACAUUCUAAUUAUUGGUAUAAACUAGUUAUCCAAACAUGUUCCAUGUUUUGCAGAAAGAUUUCAUUUUCCCCUGGGUCUACUUCCUUCAGUUUUAUAUUUACUUUCACAAUGGGUAUCAUUCAAAAGAACUGUUCUAUUAAUAUGAAAAUUAGCUAGAACCCUCUGAGACAUCUAAACUGUAUCCUGAGUUCAGAAUUAAACUCAAGCAUUCAGCAUUUGACUUGUCUUAGCUCAUUAGAAAGUGUUUUCUGGGGGAUUCCCUGCUGGUCAAGUUUUUUAGAACAUGGUGUUUUCACUGCUGGGGCCCAAGUUCCUUCCCUGGUCAGGGAACUAAGAUCCUUCAAGCUGGGUGUCAUGGUCAAAGAAAGUGGAGUGAGGUGGGGGGUGUUUCUUACGUAUUCAAGUAUGUUUAUAAGGAAAAUGGGGCUUCCCAGGUGGCACUAGUGGUAAAGAACCUGCCUGCCAAUGCAGGAGACCUACGAGAUGUUCCCUGAGUUCGAUCCCUGGGUUGGGAAGAUUCCCUGGAGAAGGGCUUGGCAACCCACUCCAGCAUUCUUGCCUGGAGAAUCUGAUGGACAAAGGAGCCUGGUGGGUUACAGUCCAUAGAGUCACAAAGAGUCAGACUAAAGCAACUUAGCACUUAAGGAAAAUGAAGCUUUUAGACCUCAGUUUUUAACAUCAUACAGAGCCAUUUGCAAGAUAUUCUAGAUAAAAUCACAUUUGAUUAUCCAAUAGCAGUAUCCACACAUUAUGCAGAUUUUGUUCUCUAAAUGCUAUUCCUCACUGAAAUGAAGUAGGGCUCCUUGAAGAAAUGGCUGAUUCCAUAUGUUUGGAACAAGGAAAAUAUAAGAUAUGCCUGGAAUACUUUUUUUGUGAAACAAAGAACUCAAAGACUAAAGGGAUAAUGUCAGAAGGAUGUGAGGGCCAAUUUAAAGGAGCCCUCACUGGUCAAAUUUAGGACAAUUUGAACAUCAAAAAGAAUAAUCACAGUAAUUGGUUAUAACACACUAAAUAAAAUAAAAUGAUCCUAUAAAGAAAAAACAGAAAAAAAUAGAAAAGCUCUUUAUAUACUUAUUUGGAGAAUGUCAUCUCCUCAUUGUAUGCGGAGUGAUAGAUUUAGAAAAAUCACCAUUUUACAACCCUUAAUGUAAUUAAAUUAGGCACAUUCAAUGGAUGGGAAAACCCUAUUUUGUGGGAAAAAAAUUAACAAGCAUUAUUUACACAGUGUCAAGAUCACAGAUACCAAUGACAGAGGAAAGAUAUUCCUUUAUAAUGGAGAAAUCUGGCUAUUAAACUGAGUUUCUCUACCAGUGGAACAAGCUGACAUGUGACUCUUGAUGAGAUGCAAUAUAAAGUACACAUGAUCAUCCUGUGAUGUAUUCUUGCCAAAAAAAAAAAUGGAACUCUAAUUAAAUCUCUUAUCUAGACUUAUCUUCCUGUUUAUAAGAAAUACAAGGAAUAGAGGAACAAACUGAAUUACAUAGUGAAGAAUUAGACAAGUCUAGAGUUUGAGUUAUUGUACAAGAUAGCUUGUCUGGACUUUUCAAGAAACCAAUAUAAUAAAACAAGGGGCGGAGUCAUCUAGAUUAAGAAACUUGAGAUAUAACCAAAUGCAAAGUGUGAUUCUUAUUUGGCGUCUGAUUCAGAAAAUCAAAACAACUGUAAGACAUUUAGGGGGACAUGGGGAAAUACGAAGAUAGAAUGGAUAUUAGGUGAUGUAGUAUAUUUAAUUUUCCUAGAGGUAUGAUGUUUAUGAUGAUGUUGAAGUAUGAAGGACAGUACCCUUCUUCUUAGGAGAUGCAUGCCAAAGUUUUCAAAUUUGAAGAGUCAUGAUGUUUGUAGCAUAUUUUAAAAUAAAUAUGUAAAAAAUUAGUCAACUGUUGUUGAAUCUUUGUGGAAGAUGUAGUAUGUUCAUUGGUCAUUCUGUAAACUUCUGUGGGUUAAAAAAUUUUAAUAAAAAAUUGAAGCAAAAAUUUGAUUGGAAAAGUGAUGCGUAUGAAGCUUCCAGUCAGUAUUCUUCCUUUAUACUCAUAAAUUUCUGGUUUGAGAGUUUAUCCUAUAUGGAUGUGAUCAUUGGAAAUAACUUAACCAUUGUUUGUUCUGGUUCCUAUUAUAGAAUAAGCACACAACACCUUAUAUCUCCUACUAAAUAUGACUAAAAAUCCUAGAGAAUGCAUGGAACAGUGGCCUGAGGAUCCUGAAAAGUAAUGAUGGUAGCAGCCAGAUUUGGGAAGGAAACAAGAUUUUUUAAAUAAGACCAGCCUGUUACUCUCAGGCAUGUCUGUGCUGAGGACACUGGUGGUUGAGCAAACAUCUAAACCUCUCAGAGAGGACAGCAUUUAUCUCUGGUCAGAGAACUGUUAGAAGAAUCCUCAUUGUUUUUCAUCUCUCACUGUUUGCUACUUGGACCUGGAGGUGGGUGUGUCCAUUAGGUGUGUAGCAGAGAGGAGAAUCUGAAGCCUUGGUGUCUUAAUCAGAAGACCAGAAGAGGAGUGGGCCCUGGGAGCUGGAAUGUGUCAGGCUGGUGACAGAAAAGGAAACUCAGGAAAGGAAUUUCAUGAGGUUGUGUAUAUAAUCCCAGACUCAUCCCUAAUCUCAAUCCAGAAUCUCAUAAUAUAAUGUAGAAUUGCACAAAGUGUAGAAAUUAGGAAAAUCUCAAUAGUUCAUAAGGAGAAAGACAACAGGCCACAAGACAACGUGCCCCAAGAUGACACAAAUGUUGGAAUUAUAAAAGUAGGCAUUACAACAAUGUUUCAAAAAAUGUGACCAUUCUUGAAUGGAAACUUAAAAGUUCUCAGCAGGAAAAUAGG